CCCACCCACCAACCAACCCACCAACCCUUUCCACCCUUAUUCCCACCUCCCCCCAUCUCUCCUCCGCCAACACCACCCCUCUCUGGUCGAACCUCAGAUCCUCAACAUCUCCUGUGACGGGCAGUGGUCACGGAAACACAGAGCGAGACGAGGGGAGCGCUGCCGAGGAGGGGGAAACGUGCACUAAGCCAUUUUCUUGGGGGAGCCAGUGUCGUUGAUGGGAAGAGGAUGCAUUGCGGGCUGCUGGAGGAGCCUGAUAUGGAUUCCACAGAGAGCUGGAUUGAAAGAUGCCUCAAUGAAAGUGAGAGCAAGCGAUAUUCCAGUCACACGUCCCUGGGGAACAUGUCCAACGAUGAACAUGAAGAAAAAGAAAACAAUAGAGCCUCUAAACCUCAUUCAACACCGGCUACUCUGGAAUGGCUAGAUGAAAACUACGAGAUAGCCGAAGGUGUGUGCAUCCCCCGAAGCGCCCUGUACAUGCAUUACCUGGACUUCAGCGAAAAGCAUGACACGCAGCCUGUGAACGCAGCCAGCUUUGGAAAGAUCAUAAGGCAGCAGUUUCCAGCACUGACGACCAGAAGACUGGGGACAAGAGGGCAGUCCAAGUACCAUUACUACGGCAUCGCAGUGAAGGAGACCUCCCAGUAUUAUGACGUGAUGUACUCCAAGAAGGGAGCGGCGUGGGUGAACGAGACGGGGAAGAAAGAGGUCACGAAGCAGACAGUGGCGUAUUCACCGCGCUCCAAACUGGGGACGCUCCUGCCAGAGUUUCCAAAUGUCAAAGACCUAAAUUUGCCUGCCAGCCUGCCAGAAGAGAGGGUGUCAACCUUCAUCAUGAUGUACAGAACGCACUGUCAGAGGAUACUGGACACCGUGAUUCGAGCCAACUUUGACGAGGUCCAAAGCUUCCUGCUGCACUUCUGGCAGGGCAUGCCGCCCCACAUGCUCCCUGUCCUCGGCUCGCCCACAGUGGUGAACAUCGUCGGAGUUUGUGACUCCAUCCUCUAUAAGGCCAUUUCUGGGGUGCUGAUGCCCACCGUCCUGCAAGCACUGCCUGAUAGUUUGACUCAGGUUAUCCGAAAAUUUGCCAAACAGCUCGAUGAGUGGCUUAAAAUAGCACUUCACGACCUUCCUGAAAACCUGAGGAAUAUCAAAUUUGAACUGUCGAGGAGAUUUUCUCAGAUUCUCAAGCGGCAAACGUCAUUAAACCAUCUAUGUCAGGCAUCUCGGACGGUGAUAAACAGCGCCGACAUAACCUUUCAAAUGUUGGAGGACUGGAGGAACGUGGACUUGAACAGCAUCACCAAGCAGACACUUUACACCAUGGAAGACUCACAGGAGGAGCACAGGCAGCUUAUUAUCCACUUGUAUCAGGAGUUUGACCGUCUGCUGGAGGAGCAGUCUCCCAUCGAGGCUUACAUCGAGUGGCUGGACUCGAUGGUGGAUCGCUGCGUCGUCAAGGUGGCAGGGAAGAGGCCCGGGUGCCUGAAGAAGGUGGCCCAACAGUUCCUGCUGAUGUGGUCAUGUUUUGGUACCAGAGUCAUCCGGGAUAUGACCCUCCACAGCGCGCCCAGCUUUGGAUCCUUCCACCUGAUCCAUCUCAUGUUUGACGAUUAUGUGCUUUACCUGCUGGAGUCCCUGCACUGCCAGGAGAGGGCCAACGACCUCAUGAGGGCCAUGAAAAGCGAGGGCAGCACAGCGGAGCGAGAGGAGGAGUUCCCGCUGGCAGAAACCACUCCCACCUCCCCGUCUCCGGGGUCCUACUCUCCGGCUCGGUCCGUCCACUCGGUGGGCGUCUCCUCGGCCAGCUCCCCCACAGCGGCCGUGUCCCCGGAGUACUCGGGAGUCGCCGCCGCCGCUGCCGCCGCCGCCGCCACCACAGGCGCUGUUCAGUCAUAUACCUGGUCCCUUACAUACACAGUGACAACAGCAGGCGGCUCCACCCCAGAGGCCGAACAGCAGCUGUCCUGCAUGAGGAGCAGCGCCCCUGUCCCGCCUCCAUCUUCUGCCCACAGGCUGCCAGUCUACACCCACAGAGAGGAGCAUGGGUACACUGGUAGCUACAACUAUGGCAGCUACGCCAGCCAGCAUCCCCACUCCAUCCAGAGCCAGUACCCGAGUCUGGCCCAUGAGCCGGCGAUCCCAGCCCCCCUUCACUACUCCGCCUACCACCGCUCAUCUGCACAGUACCAACUCAACGGCCAGAUGUCUCGAAUGGAGCCUUGCUUGAUGGGCAGCACUCCUCGGUUGCACCCCACACCUGUCGCCCCCCGGUGGCCAGAUGUGUCCCCUGCCAACAGCUGUUACACCAGCCCACCUAUGCAUUCAUCCCGCUAUGCCACCUCCGGGGACAUGUACUCUCCCCUGGGCCCACGCAGAAACUCUGAGUACGAACACUCGCAGCAUUUUCCCGGCUUCGCCUACAUCAACGGAGAGGCCACCACGGGCUGGGCCAAAUAGCCUUCAAGCAAUGCUUUGGACAUCCGUGCACAAUCUCCAGGCCCGCGAAAAGCCAGGAGGAUGCAAAGUCUCUGAACACUUCCAAUCAAGUGCAUCACAAAAGGAGGGGCAGGGGGUAAAAAAAAGUACCAAUGUAAGGUAAUAGGAAUCAUGGUAUGGACGUUUUGACAAUUUGACUCAUCGCACCAAUCGCUCUGAUGAUUGUGGUGCAAUUUGUGCGGAGGUUUAUUAAAAUUUCUUCAACAGCUGAUGGAAGAAGAAAUAUUUAAUCAUAUAGAUUGUCAAGAAAAAAAAAAAAAUGCAGCAAAAUCAUUUGAAGAGUGCAAUGCUGCUGCCAAGCUGUGCCUUUGUUUUAAGGAAUGUAUACACCUCUGCCAGAGUUUCUGUCAGUCUCACAAGUCAGCGCACAGGUCAGGCCACCGGCGGUCGCUCGGUAACGCCGGUGAGCGAUGGCCCCGCGUGCCGCGAGCUGUUCCUGACUCCAGUACAAUCUCAGCGACACCACUGUCUCCUCUUGUUGCUCGGCACCGUGCAGCGUCCUGUCUUGAGCUCUUUGCAGCAGAUUCGUCUGGGACGAUGAUGAACUGUUCUGCCUUAACCUGCACCUGGGACACCGGUUACAUUCAGUGGCACAAAGCCAAAACAUCACAGGCGACAGACUCGUGACCUCGACCGUCGCGCCGAAGUGUCUCUAUCUGUUUUUUAAAUGAUUGAACUGCUGUCACAAGCUUUUCCCCUGUUUUUUCUGUGACUAUAUAUACAUAUAUAUAUGUAUACGUAUAUAUAUAUAUAUAUGUAUAUGUAUAUAUAUAUAUAUUAUGUAUUUUCUGUAACUUUGUAACAUGGUGUAUUCUUUAUUUUCUAUGUUACAACUGGUACUCUGUUCUAUGUUUUGUAUGGUUAGUAAAGGACGCAUUAACCUAGGGUUGUGUGUUUUAUAAUGCACUCAAAGCUACUGAGGACCUAUUACCCUAUGGGUAUUUAUAAAACAAGGGAAAAUAUCAAAGUGUACAGUAACAUGAAGUCUAGUCACUUUUGUGUAAAUAAAAGCACUGCAAACCA